GUAAAGUUCCUUAUCACCGGCUAACACUUCUCUUCAGCUUGUGUCGGAUCCGUGCGACACGAUUUCGUGAUACACGUGCAAGAUGGACGAGUUUACCUGAGCGCCGUCGAUUUAUUUCGUGUGUUCGGUGCUCCAUUUGAGAUUCCGAAAACGGAACAUAGUCGAGAAAACAGGAAAAGAGAGAGAGAGAGCAGAGUGGAUGGAGAUUUAACGUUACUGUUGAAGAUGAGAGCAUUGGACACAAUCAUGAAUUCGACCUGUGCCUCUUGCACCCUCGAACCUCCCCCCGACAUCCUCCACAUACCACCACCGCCGUUUCCGGCUAUUCUGCAGCAGGGUUCUGACUUUUAUCCAAGCAGUGACAUUCUGCCAUUCCUGCCGCACCUAAAUGACAGCCCCUGCAAGCACUUCUGCGAUCGGCGCUCUGAAGGUGUUCAAUAUAUCGAGAUGCCUCAGCAAGGCACUGUGUUCGACGACACAUGGCUCCUGAUUUUGAUAUCAUCAUGCGUCGGCGUCACUUUCAUCGGCAUAGUGCUAGCAACAUUGUUCUUAAAGUGCAAAUUCAACAGGAGCGGCAAGAGCGGUGUGAUCUCCAUGCCGAACGCGGCCUCCGGCAUGCAAACGAAAAACGGUAGGGUCCAAAAUGAGGCGGUGCUGUAUCCGUGCGCGACCGACACCAUGCAAGACAGCCGAGUGAUGUGGGCUACCCUUACGCCACGUGGUACCACCAGACACUACCUGGAAGAGCACACAUACGAGACCAUCGGUGGUGGGCAGUUUCAAAAGCGCGCCUGUACGACCACACCAACCGAACAUGUAAAACUCAAGACUUACGCCGAUCCGCCAGCCGUUAGCCCGGUGCAAAGUCGGCCGAAGGACGAUAAGGCUUUCGACAACACCGCGUUCGUGGAUUACGAGGAGCCUUUGUCUGUCAAGACCGAGUACUAUCAGCUCAACGACGUCUUGGAACCGAACGAUUCCGGCAUUCUCACGAUUCAACGUGGCACCCUGCGCCCGCGUGUGAGUUCUCCGACGAGAAUCGAGCACCCGAACCUACCCCCGUUGAACCUCCAUCCCCACAAGCGCGCAUCUCGCAAGGGUUCCGGGGCGCAGCACACCUCGGACACGCUGCUGCGAAGCAGCAUCACAUCGUCCACUUAUAUUCCCACCAUAUAAGCGCCCGUUCCUCCUUCACUAACUCCCCUCCCCUUCGGCCCUUCCACGUCCCAAGUCCUUCUUGCCGUCUAUCGUGUUCUCGUCGUCGCCACACCAUUUCGCCGUUGAACUUCGCCGAUUUGCGAAACUCGUCGCCGCACCUCUCGUAUCCUCCGACACGCGCAUCAUUCGUAUCUAGUCAUUGUCAGCACGUACCACACCGAAUACUAUAAUGGCGUUUUAUAAUGGCCGUUUCUACCAACCGUGAUUAAUUUAACCGGCUGAUUAUUUCGUCGGAACUGACCAAUCCCACUCGCCAAUUCCGAUUGACGACAGAUGCAAUUGGUCAGUUCCAUUGGAACAAACCAACCCAUUAAGUUAACCAAGGUUGAUAGAAACAGUCAUAAGUCGUCAAAUUAACCCUUAUGUUCCGCUCGAUUCUAUAUAAAAAAAAAAAUUGAAAAGAAAUUUAAUUCUACAUAAGCUUUUUUAUAUCUAAUUGUUAGUACUCUAUAUUUCACGACUUUGUUUUCGUGGACUUUUCCUAAAUGGAAUAUACACAAAAUCGAAGUAGAAUACAGAGUACUAACAAUUAGAUAUAAAAAAAUUACGUAGAGUUAAAUUUCUUUUUGGUUUUUUUUUUUAUAGACCCAAGCAGAAUAUAAGAGUUAAGAGCGACGAUUAGUCGUGCGAUGUGUGUGGUUCUUUUUUAUCGAUUGAUAUGUGACGUGAUUGUGUAGACGUAGAGUAUGUAGACUCGACUGCAGAGUAAACAGCGUAUAUGUGUAUGUUACAUUUGCAUCUUACGGAAUAAAACAAUACGUAGAA